GUAGCUAUAAUUGACCUACAAAAUAAAAACACUUCAAUUAAAAUUCGCACCGCAGUUACAAGACGAUAUGCGCUUCAGCCCGGUUCGAUCCUUCAUUCAUCUGCCCAAAAUGCUCGAAGCGGUCGUCCAGGAGUCACACUUCCCAGCAAACCAUCGUCCCAAGUUGCUGGUCACCUGUUCGGACGUACCGGUAAGCUACAUCGAAACACUACGGCGCAAAUGUGAUGUCACGGUUUGUCCAGGAAGUAACCGAGAUGAAAUCCUGAGGGCAACUCCAGGAGCCGAAGGCAUUCUUUGGCUGACCGCUGAUCGACUCGACGAUGCAGUGUUGGAUUUGGCGGGACCGCAACUCAAAGUGGUUUCGACGUUGACAUCGGGCAUGGAUUACGUGAAUGCUGAGGCAUUCAGAAAGCGUAAGAUUGCUUUGGGACAUACUCCAAAGGUGGUGAACAAUCCUGUGGCGGACAUAGCUGUAGGGUUGAUGAUUGCUGCUGCUCGACGAUUCCAUGAAGGACGAAUGAAGAUUCUAAACUCUGAUUGGGAAGCUACACCCCAGUGGAUGCUGGGACAGGAUGUAACUGGGUCCACCGUGGGUAUCGUUGGAUUUGGUGGGAUUGGCCAGACUAUAGCCAGGCGGUUGCAAGGAUUCGACAUAGGACGACUGUUGUACACUGGUCGAACCAAAAAACCUGAAGCGGAACGCUUUGCAGCGGAAUAUGUUAGUUUCGAUAAUUUGCUCCAGGAAAGUGAUUUUAUAUUUAUCGUCUGUCCACUAACCAACGAGACCAAUAAGCUGUUCAACUCAGACGCAUUUAAGAAGAUGAAGCCCACAAGUGUUAUGAUCAACGUUGCUCGUGGCGGAAUCGUAGAUCAACCGGCUUUGGUAGAAGCUCUGAAGACUGGUACAAUAUUCGCUGCUGGAUUGGACGUCAUGACGCCGGAGCCACUUCCCCCUAAUGAUCCGAUUAUGAGUCUUUCUAAUUGCAUUGUCGUGCCACAUCUGGGAACUGCUACACGAAAAAGUUUGGAAGACAUGUUCUGCAUUGCGGCACGGAACGUGCUUUCGGUUCUAGCAGGCGGCCAAUCAGUCAACCCGUUUAUCUGACGAUUUCCAGUGACGUACCGCCAAGCGCCUUCAAUGGACGUCAAAAUUCGUGAGGCACUCGACAGAAUUUUCAAAGAGUCAUGCAAAUUGGACAAUAAAUUUGUAACUAUUCGAUUUUGAUGGAAUAGAAUCCCAUCUACGAGAUA